ACGCGCACAUACAGACUCGUACACGCCCCCAUUAACUCCGCCAGUCAGUCAGCGAGCCACGCUUAGUCUAGGACAGCUUUGUUGUGCCACUGCCAAACCGGCGAAUUUGUUUCCUCCGAGUUGCAGAGUAUAUUGAAGUUGCAAAUGACAUGCAAUUGGAGUAAGCCACACGCAAGAGUGUAUCUACGAAAAGUAAACGAUAAUCAGCACUGUGCCAAAAGUUGCAGCAACGGAAGUGUCAUUCCUGUUCGCUCUAGCUUUCGCAGCCUUCGCAGCUAGCUAGCUAGCCAUCGAGAUAGCUAUAACGUGUAGGCUGUAUUAGCUAGCCAACCAAGCGAUCGUGGUCAAAAGGUGCAAUGUCUUUUCGUCGACAAAACAAUCUAAGGUGUAAUUAUUGGCACGUGUCACACCAGCAACAACCCGGUUCAUGCGGACGAAAAAUAUCAAAUGGAACUGCAGGGCCAGCCGGUGUACCUCCUAUCAGCGGGAGUAAUACCAACAGAACGGUGCCCGGAAGGACUAGAAACACAAUGAAGUCGCCAUCUCAGUCCUCUCCUGUGUUUGAAGGUGUCUACAACAACACCAGGAUGCUUCACUAUCUCACUGCAGUAGUGGGCUCCACAUGUGAUGUCAGAGUGAAGAGUGGAAAUGUGUACGAAGGCAUCUUCAAGACACUCAGCUCCAGGUGUGAGCUGGUGGUGGAUGCAGUCCACAAGCGUAGCGAGGGAGGAGAUGGCGAUGGGGGUGGUGGGGGCUUGCCCCCCUCGCUGCCACGGAUCGAGGACAUCACGGACACCAUGAUCUUCAGCCCUGCUGACCUGGUCACGAUGACUUGCCGAGAUGUGGACCUCAACUAUGCCAUCAGAGAUGCUUUUACAGAUACUGCCAUCAGUUCGUCACGCGUGAACGGGGAGCACAGGGAGAAGGUGCUGCAGCGCUGGGAUGGAGGGGACAGCAACGGAGAGGGUUUCGACUUGGAGACCGACACAUCCAAUGGCUGGGAUGCCAGUGAAAUGUUCAAGUUCAACGAGGAGACGUAUGGGGUCACAUCCACCUAUGACUCAAGCCUGUCUAUGUACACUAUCCCACUGGAGAGGGGAAGCUCGGAUGGUUUCCGUCUGCGAGAGGCGCGUGCAGCCCGCCUUGCCAAUGAAAUCGAGGGCAGUCCCCAGUACCGCCACCGUGCCUCAUUGGAGAACGAUGACAAGACUGAGGAGGACAAGUACAGCGCCGUUGUCCGGGAACGAGACGAGGGCCGGGAGAGGGGCAGCCCCGGUUUCCAGGGCCCUGCAGGGAACAGGGAGGGUAAAUACAUUCCUCUUCCCCAGAGGGCCCGGGAGAUGGGCGUGUCCCCAAACAGCUUGAGGGGCAGGGACUCCGGUCCCAUGCCUAAUCGAACAGGAGGCCCCGGAAACUCCUCCAGACCUGUCCAGGGUUCUGACCGCAGCAGCCCGCUGUCCGGCCGUGGUGCCUACUCUCCCCACCAGUCCCAAGCCAGCCCCCCGGCCCAGCCCAGUAGCCCAACCUCUGCCGCCUCCUCUCACCCUGUCCCUCAUUCCCUCUCUCACCCACAAGCCUUGGCCGACGCCACACGUUCCAUCAACGGAGUGUCGUCCAGAACUUCCCCCAAAGACCAGAGAGCCGUACAGACCAAUAGAACGCUGCGCACCCCCAGCUCCCAGUCCUCACCUGCAGUCUCUCGCUCUCCGAAACCAGAUGACCCGGCUCUGGCUGGCCCCGCCUACCUUGACACCUCCUCCUCUUCGGUCUCCUCAACAACGCCGAAGUCCUCUGGCCCCACUCCUCUGUUCCCUGUAGAUGUGAAUGAGAUUCUGAACUCCGCGGCUAAGGAGAGGACUGAGGGCUCAGCCAGCCCGCAGGAGGGCAAGAGUGGCAAAGUUCCCUCAGUCCAGCAAAGGACACAGUUGGAGGAGCUAAGGAAGUUUGGUAAAGAGUUCAGGCUCCAGCCCAGCUCCUCCCCUUUAGCUGGUCCUGCCUCGUCUGAAGCUGCCCAGCCAACCCCAUCUGACUCUGCUGCCACCACAGAGUCCAAACCUGCCCCUGUCCACGCCCCCUCUCAGGACCCUCAAAAUGGAGAGGGGUCCCCCUGUAUCCCGAGCCCUACCACCCCCUCCCCAGCCCCCAAUACUGCCUCCCAGUCGUCAGGCCCUGACAGACAGGCAGCAGGGACGCCCCAGCCAGCCACGACCCCGGGCAGCGAGGAGGGCGGCGAGAGAGCAGAGGGCGUAGCAGAUCAGGUGAAGAAGUCAACGCUGAAUCCCAAUGCAAAAGAAUUUGUCUUCAAGACACCCAUGCCCCUGGUGAAGCCGUCUCCAGCCCCGACCCCCCCACGGCCCACCCCACCCAGCGCCUCAGUGCUCCUACAGCCCCCCCCAGGACAACAGGCAAUCUACAGCACCCCUUACCUGUCCUACCUCUCCCCCGUGCAGAUCCAGGGACACUCUGUACAGGCUUCCCCGAUGUAUCAUCAGUACACAGUGUCAACAGUCCAGCAGGGGAAGUAUCCUCGAGCUAAAGGCCAGGUGGUAGGCCCUCGUCCAGACCAUCAUGGCUCAUCCCAGCCCCAGAUGCUUCAAGCCACUGCCUCUGCAGCAGGUCCUUCCCUGGUGGCCUCCCCUUAUCCCCAGGCCUACCUGCAGUAUAGUCAGGUCAUCCAGGGCAUGCCCCACUAUCCUGGACAGCCAGUAUACUCAAUGCUGCAGGGCGGUGCCAGGAUGUUGACUCAGGCGGGCCACCCCCAGGCCCUGGGCCCCCCAGGCCCCCAGUAUCCUGGACAGUCUGAGGGGCCCCCAGGGCCACAGCAGGCCAUGUAUGCCCCCCAGCAGUUCUCUCACCACUCUGGCUCCAUGCAUCCUCCUCAGCCCUCCAGCACUCCCACCGGGAGCCAGCCCCCUCCACAGCACACUGCCCCCAGCCCUGGGCACGGACAGUCGGGCCAGGGCGGCCCCCAACCUCAGACCAUGUAUCACUCGGGGCCUCUGUCUGCGCCCACGCCACCUAACAUGCCCCCUGGCCACAGCUCUCCCCAGGGCUCCUACCCGAUGCAGGGAUACAGUCUACCCACCCACCAGCCCAUGGCUCAACACUACCCCGGCCUUGGACAGCUCACGCAGGCCCACGUUGCCCAGGGUAUGUCAGGCCCCCACCACCAAGGAGGCCACGGCCCGCCCCAGAUGAUGCUGCACUAUGCUGGGCCCCCACAGCAAGGCCCAGGCCCGGCCCCCCAGCAUGGCCCACCUCCCCAGCAGGGGGCGCAUCAACACUACUACAUCCAACACCCACAGGCUGUACAAGUGCAGGCUCACCCCACCCAGCAGCUUUCCUUCCACCCACCUGGAAACUGACGACCAUUACCUAGCUAACUACCCCUAGAGGACCACAGAAGAAGGGGAGGGGAGUCCGGGGGUCCCUUCCCCCAUCAGUUCCUCCUUCACAAUGGACCCCAAUCCCAAGUGUGGGACACAAUCAAGUUGUUCACCGACCGGCUAAACCGAUCAGAGAACCGAAGCACCGCCGCCCCCCCCCCUCCCGCCCCCAACACUCUCCCUUCUCUCGCCAACACAAUAAGCAACUUUUUUUUUUUUUUUUUUACACCCAGAGUUAUUUUAGUAAGAGAGAUUGAGAG